CUUCGCCGCAGCCAAUAGAAUGCAAACGAGGCCGAACUCAAAAGAAACGGUUAGCCGGACCGAAGGUGGAAGUUUGACGGGUAGCAAACGGACCGAGAUGGGGACAGUAAAGUGGGGUGCGGGGCAUGAUGGGAAACUGCGGAUAGGCUCAGGCGGAGCAUGAUGGGAAAGGGAGGGGCCUCUGUUUGAAAGGCGCAGGGCAUGAUGGGAAAUGCUAAAGCAAGAACUAUAUUCCGGUAGUGCUGCAUGGCAGGCAGAGGUUCAAUAGGUGCAGCUCUCUCCUCUAUGGCAAUAAAGAACCCUCGCUGGGCUGGGCCGUUCUUCCUCCAAGAACUGUGUUGACAAGCAGCAGCCCAACAUGUCCAAGUCUCCCUUCCAUGGAGAGGCAGUGAUGCUGGAUUUCGGCCCUGCACGUAUCUCUUGAAAAGGAGCCCUGCCAGGAGAAGAGGCGGCAGCCCUAUACUGAGCGGUGUGGAAAACAGGAAGGCGUCGGAAUAAAGGAAGAGCAGAGGUGAGAGAGGAACAACAGGUACCGCUAGAAGAGUGCGGGACUCUUCGCCUAACACUUGCUUUCUCCUUCCUUGUAGGUCUCCUUGGACGUGCCUGAGCCCUCGGCGGUUGCCAUGGUGGUGGAAGUGUGCAACUUCUUUGGGGUCUACCUUCUGUACUGCACCAACCCUCGUUACCAUGGCCGAGUCUACGUCGGCUUCACUGUCAAUCCUGAGCGACGCAUCAAUCAGCACAAUGGCGGGAAGCGACGCGGUGGGGCUUGGAAGACGAGCGGCCGUGGUCCUUGGGACAUGGUGCUGAUCAUCCAUGGUUUCCCUUCUGAUGUGGCUGCUCUGCGGUUUGAGUGGGCUUGGCAGCAUCCGCACUCCUCCCGCCGCCUCACUCACGUGACUCGCCGCACUUCGCGGGAGCGUCAGUUUGACUUCCACCUGCGUGUCUUAGCCCACAUGCUCCAAACUGCUCCUUGGUGCCGUCUGCCCCUCACCAUUCGCUGGCUCAAGCAGGAAUAUUGCAGGGACUUCCCUGCAGGCCUGGAACCUCCGCUACACAUGCCGGUGGCCUUUGGGCAGGUCCGAGCUGUCAAGACCAAGGGGGUGAAACCUUCAGAGGUGAAUGUGGCUACUCCAAAACGCUGCAGUAUCUGUCUGAAAAAAUUCCAGGAUGGUGACAAUGACAUCCCCUUGCACUGCUUCCACCCUGGCUGCACCAUGGCUGCUCAUAUGACUUGUUUGUCCCGGGCUUUCCUAGAGAAAGAGCCACUUCACUUCCUGCCAAUCGAAGGGCAGUGCCCGGGCUGCAAGAAUCUUGUGCUCUGGGGGGACCUGGUUCGUCACCAUAAAGGCUGUUACGGCAACCUAGAAGCUGAUCCCACCUCCUCCCAGGAGCAUUGGACUAAUGAGCUGCAGUUGUGAAGGAGGAGUCCUGUGCUUUUGCAAAAGCUGUCCAUGGCUGACCUUUCGUCCUUUAGGGCAGCAGAAGAGUGCCCAGGAAUUCUGACACUUUGCGUGACCCUUCUGAAAAUCCCAGCAUGCCCUCUUCCUCUUCCCUGGGUCAGCUCUUGUGUUUGCUUCUCCCCCGGCUGGAUCUGGGCCUUUUUAAGCUUCCAGCCCCAGAAUCAUGCAACGGACAAGUGAAUUAAUUAAUUCUCUUAGGUGAAAUGAUUAAAUAAAAGGACUGAAGGAUUCA